UGAUGGUGGUUGUAGUGGCGGCGGCGGCGGUGAAGGCUCGGCGGCGGCGUCUUCGUGAGGUCCAGGCCUGAGGUAGCCUGAGAGCCCCGAGGAGAGCGGACGCCGUCCGCGGCCGCGGCCCAGGAUCCCAACGGCCUCAGUGCGCCGGCGACAGCAAUGGCUCAAGAAGCAAUGGAUGUCGAUCUCCAGGUGAUAGAAGGUCCUGCCAUGGAACACCAGGAGGUGGCAUUUGUCGGGCAGGGGGACGCUCCGCUACUUCCUGUUCCUCAGGUGCCUAUCGAAGUGAUAGAGGAAGUCGUGUCCUCUGGCCUGGACAAUGACGACAAUGUGGACCUUGGAGCCGCAGCCCCAGAAGACACAGUGGGAGCUGGUGUCAGUCCCCUCCUCCCUGAGUCUGCGCUGAGCUCCGUGAAUAACUUUAUUGACAGACUACAGCAGCUUCACGGGGUGCUGGGCCUCUGGAGGCAGCCCUCCCAGCAGACCCCACAGUCAGUGCGGACCAGGAGGAGGGCAGUCCGCCUGCAGAGGAGGGCAGGAGGCUCUCAAAGGACUGUGGACUACAGAUCCAGGGCACCGCUGGACACAUACUUUCGGGUUAACAGGACACAGCCGCUCCAGGCAGCAGACCCACCUACCCCUAACAACGAGGACGAUGACCCCGGCUCUGAGGACAUCCAUGUCUCUGAUACGGAAAGUAACAGCUCCAGUGAGGAGGAGGAGGACGAGGAGGAGGACGAGGAAGAGGAGGAGGAGGAGGAAGAGGAAGAAGAGGAGGUGGAGGAGGUGGAGGAGGUGGAGGAGGAGGUGGACGUCCAGGACGAGAACCCAGAGGCUGUUGAGCUUGGAGUUUCUGGAGAGGUUCCUGCGGAGGCUCCUCCGGAAAACCCUUGGGCCCAGCAGGAAGCCACUCCUGCUGCUGGCGCAGAGGCCCCCCUCAAGCAGCAGUCUCCACUGAAGCCUGAGCCCCCCCCUCCACCGCCUGCAGCUGCCACCAGCCCCUCAGAGGAAGAAGAAGGGGACACUUGUGCCAUCUGCUUUGAACAGUGGACCAGUGCCGGGGACCACCGGCUCUCUGCGCUGCGAUGUGGGCACCUGUUUGGGUACAAGUGCAUCUCCAAGUGGCUCAGAGGUCAAGCUGGGAAAUGUCCCCAGUGCAACAAGAAAGCCAAACGCUCAGACAUUGUGGUUCUCUAUGCCCGAACCCUAAAAGCCCUGGAUACCAGUGAACAGGAGCGCAUGAAAAGUUCCUUACUCAAGGAGCAGAUGCUGAGGAAGGAGGCUGAGUUAGAGUCCGCCCAGUGCCGGCUCCAGCUGCAAGUCCUUUCUGAUGAAUGUAAGAAGCUUCGGAGUCAUGUCCAGGAAUUGAAGAUUCUUGUGGCUCAGCAUGGGGCGAGCACUGCUCAGCCAGGCAGCUCCCAGGUGGGUUUCCAGAACUGUCUGCCCCUCAGCCAGAACCAGCACAAGUACCAGUUUCAGAAGGCCAUCACAGUGUCGCAAGAAGGGAAAUGCCGCAUCAUGGCAUACUAUGACUUCCUGAGCUGCCUGGUGGUAUCACAGCCCUCUCCUCAGGCCGCCUUCCUUCCUGGCUUUGGUGUGAAGAUGAUCAGCAUGGCAGACAUGAAGAGCAGUCAGUAUGUGCCAAUGCACAGCCGAGAGAUCCGGGGACUAGCCUUCAACAGCAGGCAGAAUGGCUGGCUGUUGUCAGCAGCACUAGAUAACACACUCAAGCUGACAAGCCUGGAGACUAACAGGGUGGUACAGACAUACCACACCGGACGUGCAGUCUGGAGCUGCUGCUGGUGCCUUGAUGACGAAAAUUAUAUCUAUGCUGGCCUGGUCAAUGGCUCGAUUCUGGUGUAUGAUCUGAGAGACACGAGCACCCAUGUCCAGGAGUUAGUUCCUCAAAAAUCCAGGUGUCCUGUGGUCUCACUCUCCUACUUACCCCAGAUGGGUUCAUCCGCAUUUCCUGCUGGCGGGAUAUUAGCCGGAAGCUUAGAAGGUGCCUGCUUCUGGAGGCAGAGUACCAGUAACUGCUUUGACCCUCACUGCCUGCCUCUGGAGCCUGGCGGCUGCACCGAUCUCCAAGCAGAAAUCCAAAGUGGACACUGCCUUGUUACCUACCGGCCCAAUAAAAACCAUAACUCUGUGCACAGUGUGUUGCUGGAAUUAACCUGUAGUUUGAAUGAAGCUACCGAGCCAGUCUACUCAUGUCGGCCUGUUCAGACAUUCAGCGCUGGACCCACUUGCAAACUGCUGACCAAAAAUUCCAUCUUCCAGAGCCCAGAGGAGAAUGGCAGCAUCCUGGCGUGUGUUAGUGAUGAAUCUUCAAAUUCCGCCUUAAUCUGGGAUGCAGGGAGUGGCAGCCUUCUCCAGAAGCUCCAGGCAGACCAGCCUGUGCUGGCCAUCUGCCCCUUCGAAUUCAACACGCACAGCUACCUGGCUACUCUGACAGAGAAGACCGUCAGGAUCCACAGAUGGGAGUAAUGAGGUUAGGUGGUCAGGCACAGGCUUGUGGCCAGUUUUCAGCUGGAGCAUUCCGACUUUACAAGCUGAGCUUCGGCAUCCAGAGAAGGGAAUGGCCUGGAGUCUCUUUACUCACUUGUCCUGUGUGAGGCUUCAUUUGUUUUACCCACAGGGCCUCCAGGUGGAAGAGUACAUCAGCCUUCGGGGCUGUGAUGUGUGAAAGCUCUCCCCUGGGGUUCCUAUGAACUGUAUUCCAGAAGUCCUGUUUGCUGAUUCCAUUCUUACAAGGCACAGAGAAUUGUUUCUCUGAUCAGACACAAGGGAGUACUAGGGAAUAGAGGGAAACUUGGAUUAUUAUUGACUCAGCCCUAUGAAGGGGGUCCCUUGAGAAAUGGGGUAUUUUUGUUGGGGCAUCAGUUCUGUGGCUCCUCUCUAGCUGGCUCUGUGCAGAGUUCCUUGAGAAAGCUUCUAGACCUUCUAGACGUGUAAGUUAUGGGGAGAAGAAACUUUAAUUUACCAGACUUCUUGGGAUCUCAGGGUAAAUUUGUCUUAGCAUGCGAAGGCUUAGUCUUCUUCUUCUCCCUUGAAAAGAUGUUGGGAAAAAAGUAGGAAUUAUGUCAAGGUUAAUUCUUUUCUCUCCAUCAAUAACUUCCUACAAAGAAACGGCAAACUAGCUGGGGCACCCAUGGAAGGUCGUUCCCGUUAGCUGGGGUUGGCCACAGUUCUCUGGCCCAUAUGUUCCAAGAGCCUGACUCACCCUUUGGUAGAUCAGUGUUCAGUCAGUUAAAUGCCCCACUCACCCUUUAAAUCAGCCCCUUUCCUUCCCUUCUGAGGGACCGUUUUUAAAUCCCAGCUUCCCAACCUAGGAGAAAGGAGAAGAGCACCCCCUUUUAUCAGCCAAAGAAGGUUCGUUUGUUCUAUUUGAAUUAUCAGGAAUCUGGGCCUGGGGCCCAGAUUGCAGCACAAAACUUGAGUUAACACCCAUUCACUUGGGCCUUUCAGCCAGCCAACUGUCAGCAGAAAUGAGGAAGGCAGGUACUAGGCACAGACUGUCUUCAGAGAGGCACCCUGACUGUGGAUCAGGGGUGGGGUUGUAGGUUGUACUCUGUGUCUGGGUAACCCCAGAGCUAGUUUGCUGCCCAGCAGUUCAGGUACAUUACAUGAAACCAGAGUUUCUGUCUCAGAAUCGCCUGAAGGACAGGAAAAGGAAGUGAUUUGGGCAGGCAAGGUUGAAAUUGUGCCAAUUCUCGCUUACUUACUUUACUACACUGAAAUCAGGCUUUUUGCUGGCAAGUAUGAAGGAAAAUAAAUAAUUAAAUUGAAGCACUCCCUCAAAAUACUUCGUCAGGAAUAGGAGCAAAAUUAUUCUCAACUUUAUGGCCAGAACCAUUGGGUGGUUUGUCAACUGGUGCGAAGGCCUACAGUGAUGUGCACAGGACCGACAUGCCCUCCUGCCCUUCGACCUUCUAAUAAUUUGAUCUGCACUUAUUCAUCAAAGGGUUGUUUAGUUAGAAAGUAGAUUAAGAACCUCUUUCUCUUGAGGGGCUGUGUCCGAGGAUCCCUCUAUAGGGAUUUAGUCUAUAGGGUUUAUUUUUUGUGGCAUCUGGCUCAAUAUUUUAAAUUUCAGUUACUUCUCAUCUAAAUCUUGGAGCUAAGAGGGAUUGGAGUAUCUGGUGCUUGCUUGGCUUGGAAGAACAAGAUUAUGUGAUCUGAGAAACCUUUGUUUAAUUGUACUUUUUUGUGUCCUCUGUGUAUAUGUAAAAAUAAAGAA